AGCGACUCAUAGCGGACUUCUAAACUAUUAAAAGAACAUGCACGUGGUAACUUAAUGAAAAGCGUACGAAUUUUUGUUCAUACUGUUUAUUACGUUGAUUAAUUAAAUUUACAAAUUAUUUAGAUAAUUCAAGAAAAAUAGUACAUUACAUUACAACAACAUAAUGGCAAAAUCACGAGCUACCAAUAAACCUCCACGGAAGCAGGGCUUUAAUCGUUCAGGACAUAGUAUGAAUCCUGAGCGCCCCACAGAAGGACUGAAAGGUGUUGCUAAAGUACGAACCAAAGCAACUAUAAAAAGGCUGCAAAUGUAUCGCAAUCAAAAGCCAAAACGUAAUCGUGUUGGGAAAAUCAUUAGUCCUGCACCGUUUCAAGGUUGGCAUAGCUCUGGAACCAUGUCACGUGUGGAGCCAUCUCAAAGAUGGUUUGGUAACUCAAGAGUCAUUUCACAGAAUGCUUUACAGAAGUUCCAGGAUGAAUUAGGCACAGCUAUGAAGGAUCCCUAUAAAGUCGUCAUGAAACCUACUCAAUUGCCUGUAACUCUGCUUCAACAGAAGGCAGCGAAUGCCAGAGUACAUCUAUUAGAUACAGAGAGUUUUGAGAGUGUCUUUGGCCCAAAGAAGGUCAGGAAGAAGCCGAAUUUAGCGAUAACUUCGUACGACGAGCUGCAAAAAUUAGCUGAGGAGAAAGAAGACAUUUACAGCAAGGACAAAGACACCAAAGAUCACGAUCUUAUCCGCGAGGACACGGGCGUGAAGGAUGCUCAGAGGGACUGGGUGAUGGCAGCAGGGCAAAGCAAGAGGAUCUGGAACGAACUGUACAAAGUCAUCGACUCCUCCGACGUUGUCCUACAGAUAUUAGACGCUAGGGACCCGUUAGGCACUAGAUCUCCGCCCGUGGAGAAGUACCUGAAGACAGAGAAACCGCACAAGCACCUUAUAUUCAUUUUAAAUAAAGUGGACCUGGUGCCAACGUGGGUCACACAGAGAUGGGUGGCUAUUCUAAGCAAAGAAUACCCAACUGUCGCUUUUCACGCUUCCCUGACGCAUCCCUUCGGUAAGGGCUCCCUGAUCAAUCUGCUGAGACAAUUCGCCAAGUUGCAUGUCGACAAGAACCAGAUCAGCGUAGGUUUUAUAGGAUAUCCCAAUACAGGAAAGAGCUCAAUCAUAAACACCCUGCGUUCGAAAAAGGUUUGCAAAGUAGCGCCUAUCGCUGGUGAGACGAAAGUAUGGCAAUACAUAACUCUGAUGCGCCGUAUCUAUCUGAUAGACUGUCCCGGCGUCGUUUAUCCGUCAGCAGAAACUGACACAGAAAAGGUACUGAAGGGAGUUGUGAGAGUGGAACUUGUUCAGGACCCGGAAGACUAUGUAUCGUCCGUUUUAGAGAGAGUAAAAUCAGAGUACAUACGUAAAACAUAUAAGAUCGAAGAAUGGGAGGAUCAUAUUGAUUUUUUGGAGAAGUUAGCGCGUCGAAGUGGUAAGCUCUUGAAAAAGGGAGAACCUGACAUCACGAUCGCAGCGCGUAUGGUGUUGAACGACUGGCAACGCGGUAAAUUACCAUUUUACGUUCCACCGGUAAAUUUCGUAGAACCGUUAUCUCAACAGCAAGUAAUUAACAAUAAAAGAGCAGUCGCACAAGACGAUACAACAAAAUCCAUUGAUAACGGGGAGAUAAAAGAAACUGAUGAUUUAUCUCCGCAAGAGCCAGUAAAUAAUCAAAUAACAGUAACACAAAACUUUAAAAAAAUUCGCGUUGGUUUACUGUAUUUCGGUGACGAUGUCAAGAAUGAUCUCUACGCAAAUGGAGAUAAGUCUUUCGAUAUAGAAAAUGAAAGUGGUACAGAGAGUGAAUCGGAAUCAGCAGAUGAAUCGGAAGUGGAUAGAUCUUCUACGACAAACGACAAAACUAACGCAGAUUUACAAGAAUCGAAUAAUUUAAAUAAUCUAGAAGAUAGAAAAUGUCAUGACGCUAACGAUGAAACUAACGAUGAUGACAAUGUUGAAAUGGACAACGAGAACAUAGAGGAAAAAACGUUAAGUACGGAAAAAGACGAUGAGUAUUCUGAAACGGAGAUUUGUUUGCCUAUCGAACAAGAUAAUCUGAAACAGAGUGUGUUCGAUGUCGUGGACAAAGAUAAUUCCAGUGACAGCGAAAUGUUUACUACCAAGGCGACUUCCAGCGGCACGUUCGUCGUCUCAUCACUACGCUCUGCGAAAGCAGCGAGAACGGAGAAAAAAUUAACGAGCAAACAACGAAGAGCUAUUGAACGUGCCGAUAAGAGGAAAAAAGUAGGAAGCAAUUUCUACGAAGUCAUGAAUGUGAAAAACAGAAAUAGAAAUAGGAAAAUUCCCAAGAUCAAGAGGAAAUAAUGAGUUUUCUCGUUAAAAGAUGACUCAGCGUUUAUAGAGUAUAAGAAUAUGUAUAUAAGUGCAUCGAAUAUUUGUUCGUAACAUAUGAUAAAAAAGAAUACAUAUUUUUUUCUUUUUAUA